CUUCCAUCGACAAAGAUUUUUAAAGAAUAUGCCACAACAUGAACGAUUUUUUAUAUGCUGGAAACUGAAAGAGGGAAGUAUUGUUGUUGGUAAUUUUACUUCGGUUAUUUCCAUGAUAGCGUGCGCUCUUGCAUUCUGCGUGUUCUUUAGAACUUCUCAAAAAGAUGAUGGCCAUUCCAAACUAGUUGCAUUUUUCGUUGCCUGCUACGCUAUAUUUUAUAUAGUAAUCAGUCGUGGUCUCAUCCGUGGAGUGAAGGAUGAGAGAAGACAUAAGCUUUCUCUAUGGAUUGGUACAAGUAUAACAACGAUUGUUUUCCUUCUUACUGGUGUAACUGUUGUUCUAGUCCUGUUUUCAAUGGGAUUAUUUCCAGAAAGUCAAGCAAUGACUGCCACAGUUUUGGGAACAACGGCCCCUAUUAUUUUGAUAGCAUGCACUCUGAUAUAUUGCACAUGGGGAGUGGCAUUACUCUGGAGAAUUAUGGGAGGCGACAACACUAUAGAUGAAAGUGUUUAAGAGAGGAAAUAUCUAAAGUUGGGUUUUUCUGCUAUAUGAGAUCUUUUUCCAAAAUAGAAUAUUAAAAGAAUGCUUCAUUAAAGUUUGAAAAGUAAAGAAAUAUUUAAAAAAAAUUAAGCGUUUAUUUUUAGUAUUUGCAAUACCAAGCUGCAAGUAAUAAAGUCAUUUAAAAAAGUGAACUAAUGGGAAAACAAGAAGUUUAAUGAAAUUGAAAGCAACUUGGACAUAAUUAAAUCUUGCCAAAAAAUUUAUUCUGUAGAUGGAGUCUUGCAGAAAAGUAUUUCAUAAAAAGAACUUAGGUAAAAUGUUUCAAAAAAGAAUUUUAUGAUGAAAAAAAUUGCUGUUUCGUAUAAUUCUUCAAAAACAUUUGCGUUUUUUCUUUGAUUCGCGAAGGUAUCUCCCUGAGGUAAUUUUUAUAUUUCCAGUAAUUUUUAUGUGACUUUUAUUAAUAAGUUUGAUUUUUAGAUAUUCGUUUCUUUAUUGGCAUAUUUGUUUUGUAUAUUUCGUAUAAAGUAUUCUAACUUAUUAUCAAGACAUAUUUGAAGUGACUGUUAUU